UUUCUCGCUUUGCCUUUCGGACAUGCGCACUCGGAGGAAGGCGACCUCGCGCUCAGCUUACCGCGCAUGUACGUUACCAGGGGUAACGCAAGUAGCCAAAGUGGUUUGUGGCGUGGCUAUCGUUAGUAAGGCGGUUGCUGAGACAGACGCUGAGGCGGAGAGGAGGAGCCCAAGGCGUAAGGGAAGCCGGGAUGAGGGCCGUGUUGACCUGGAGAGAUAAAGCCGAGCACUGUAUAAAUGACAUCGCAUUUAAGCCUGAUGGAACUCAACUGAUUUUGGCUGCCGGCAGCAGAUUACUGGUUUAUGACACCUCUGAUGGCACCUUACUUCAGCCCCUCAAGGGACACAAAGACACUGUGUACUGUGUGGCAUAUGCAAAGGAUGGCAAGCGCUUUGCUUCUGGAUCAGCUGACAAAAGCGUUAUUAUCUGGACAUCAAAACUGGAAGGCAUUCUGAAGUACACGCACAAUGAUGCUAUACAGUGUGUCUCCUACAAUCCUAUUACUCAUCAACUGGCAUCUUGUUCCUCCAGUGACUUUGGGUUGUGGUCUCCUGAACAGAAGUCUGUCUCCAAACACAAAUCAAGCAGCAAGAUCAUCUGCUGCAGCUGGACAAAUGAUGGUCAGUACCUGGCACUGGGGAUGUUCAAUGGGAUCAUCAGCAUACGGAACAAAAAUGGCGAGGAGAAAGUGAAGAUCGAGCGGCCAGGGGGCUCCCUUUCACCAGUAUGGUCCAUCUGCUGGAACCCUUCAAGCCGAUGGGAGAGUUUCUGGAUGAACAGGGAGAAUGAGGAUGCCGAGGAUGUCAUUGUCAACAGAUAUAUUCAGGAAAUCCCUUCCACUCUGAAGUCAGCAGUGUACAGUAGUCAGGGUAGUGAGGCAGAGGAGGAAGAACCAGAGGAAGAAGACGACAGUCCCGGGGACGACAACUUAGAGGAACGUAAUGACAUCCUAGCUGUGGCUGACUGGGGACAGAAAAUUUCCUUCUACCAACUGAGUGGAAAACAGGACUUUAAGAUUCAGCAGCAAAGUCUUGCUGACUGCACCGAGGCCAUGCUGCUGAUGCAGCAGGGAGCAUUUAAUGUGUCAAUGAGGAGAGAUGGCAUAGUGGAAAAGGCCUGUAACUGCAUCACAACCCGAGAUCUGGACAAAGAGCAGAGGAAGCUGAGACUCCUUCCCCUGGGGCUCUGUAUGAAUCUGGCUCUUUCCAUGGCUCUGAAAACAGUCCUCUUUUUUACCCUUGAUGAAAUCCUGCAGUCUGCUCCCAUGUACCAGUACCUGGAUAGGAAACUGUUCAAGGAAGCCUACCAGAUUGCUUGCUUGGGUGUCACCGACACUGAUUGGCGUGAACUGGCCAUGGAAGCUCUAGAAGGUUUAGAUUUUGAAACAGCAAAGAAGGCCUUCAUCAGAGUACAAGACCUUCGAUAUUUAGAGCUCAUCAGCAGCAUUGAGGAGAGGAAGAAGCGGGGAGAGACCAACAAUGACCUGUUUCUGGCAGAUGUGUUUUCCUACCAGGGGAAGUUCCAUGAGGCCGCCAAACUGUACAAGAGGAGCGGGCACGAGAACCUCGCACUUGACAUGUAUACUGACCUCUGCAUGUUUGAGUAUGCCAAGGAUUUCCUUGGAUCUGGAGACCCCAAAGAAACAAAGAUGCUAAUCACCAAACAGGCUGACUGGGCCAGAAAUAUCAAGGAGCCCAAAGCCGCCGUGGAGAUGUACAUCUCAGCAGGAGAGCACGUCAAGGCCAUCGAGAUCUGUGGUGACCAUGGCUGGGUUGACAUGUUGAUCGACAUCGCCCGCAAGCUGGACAAGGCUGAGCGCGAGCCGCUGCUGCUGUGUGCUACCUACCUCAAGAAGCUAGACAGCCCUGGCUAUGCUGCCGAGACCUACCUGAAGAUGGGUGACCUCAAGUCCCUGGUGCAGCUGCACGUGGAGACCCAGCGCUGGGAUGAGGCCUUUGCUUUGGGUGAGAAGAAUCCUGAGUUUAAGGAUGACAUCUACAUGCCGUAUGCUCAGUGGCUAGCAGAGAACGAUCGCUUUGAGGAAGCCCAGAAAGCAUUCCACAAGGCCGGGCGACAGAGAGAAGCAGUCCAGGUGCUGGAGCAACUCACAAACAAUGCCGUGGCAGAGAGCAGGUUUAAUGAUGCUGCCUAUUAUUACUGGAUGCUGUCCAUGCAAUGCCUCGAUAUAGCUCAAGAUCCUGCCCAGAAGGACAUGAUGCUUGGCAAGUUCCACCACUUCCAGCGUUUGGCAGAGCUGUACCAUGGCUACCAUGCCAUCCAUCGCCAUACGGAGGAUCCAUUCAGUGUCCAUCGUCCUGAAACUCUUUUCAACAUCUCCAGGUUCCUGCUGCACAGCCUGCCCAAGGACACCCCCUUGGGCAUCUCUAAAGUGAAAAUACUCUUCACCCUGGCCAAGCAGAGCAAGGCCCUCGGUGCCUACAAGCUGGCCCGGCAUGCCUAUGACAAGCUGCGUGGCCUGUACAUCCCUGCCAGAUUCCAAAAGUCCAUCGAGCUGGGUACCCUGACCAUCCGCGCCAAGCCCUUCCAUGACAGUGAGGAGCUGGUGCCCUUGUGCUACCGCUGCUCCACCAACAACCCGCUGCUCAACAACCUGGGCAACGUCUGCAUCAACUGCCGCCAGCCCUUCAUCUUCUCCGCCUCUUCCUACGACGUGCUACACCUGGUUGAGUUCUACCUGGAGGAAGGGAUCACUGAUGAAGAAGCCAUCUCCCUCAUCGACCUGGAGGUGCCGAGACCCAAGCAGGACAACAGACAGCAAGAGAUUGCAAACAGCAGCUCCCAGAUUCUGCGGCUAGUGGAAUCCAAGGACUCCAUGGGAGAUGAGGACCCGUUCACAGCUAAGCUGAGCUUUGAGCAAGGUGGCUCAGAAUUCGUGCCAGUAGUGGUAAGCCGGCUGGUGCUGCGCUCCAUGAGCCGCCAGGAUGUCCUCAUCAAGCGCUGGCCCCCACCCCUGAGAUGGCAAUACUUCCGCUCACUACUGCCUGACGUCUCCAUUACCAUGUGCCCCUCCUGCUUCCAGAUGUUCCACUCUGAGGACUAUGAGUUGCUGGUGCUUCAGCAUGGCUGCUGCCCCUACUGCCGCAGGUGCAAGGACGAUCCUGGCCCAUGACCAGCAUCCUGGGGAUGGCCUGCACCCUCUGCCCGCCUUGAGGUCUGCUGGGCUGUGAAGGAGAAUAAAGAGUUAAACUGUCAGAA